AAGAGGUACGCAACCAAACACGGUCCUGGACAUGUCUUGCAAAUGUCACUGACAGCCGCCCACCGAAUGUUUCAAAAAGAGUAUCCCGACUCGAGAGUGAGCUACUCCAAGUUCACCUUCUUACGACCCAAGAAUGUUCGUCUGCUGUCAAAGGUUCACCACGAAGUGUGUACUUGCGUUUAUUGCAUGAACAUUAAGUACAAGCUGAUGGUUGUUAACAGAGUCAUCAACACAACAAAGUCAACAAGUGGAGUCGUGAAGAUAGCUGAUGAGUACGAGUUUGUCAACAAGUUGUUGUGUCCGGUUUCAGAUUCUCAGAGAUUUCAAAAUGAGGAGUGCGUGUUUGGUACUUGUGACAAAUGUGGCAAUUUGGGUGACACCAUACGAAAGAUGUACGAGCCUGUCAUCAAAGAAGCAAGGGGAACGUGGAAUUGGCUCCAUUGGGAAAGAGUGGAGGUCAUAGAAGGAAAACCACGCCGUGUGCUUAAAACCAAGCAAGGGUCGAUGGGCGACGUUCUUGAGGAACUAAUAAACGAUGCUGAGAGGCCUGUUCAAGGUGUUUCGUUUGUAAAGCACAUUGUCACGGCAAGAUGGCAGCACCGGCAGUACUCGAACUUGAAAGAACACCUCCCUGAAAAUUGGGCGAUGAUGGUUAUGGACUUUGGGCAAAACAGGAAGGUAUUCUACCAGGAUGAGAUCAAGGCUGCAUACUACGGACAGAUGCAGAUAACGAUGCACCCAGUCGUUAUGUAUUAUCGACAAAAUGGCACUCUCGUUCGGGACUCUAUGAUCUUUCUCUCAGACGAUAUCCGCCAUGAUUACCACGCAGUUGAACACUACCUGAACAUGGCCUCGCAACACCUCGCAAGCAACAUGCAACAAGUAGACAAAGAAGUGCUCUGGAGUGACGGGUGCCAAAGUCAAUAUAAAGGGAAAGGUACUUUUGCCGAUCUAAGCUUGUCGUCAGAUGCCAGAGAACGCAACUACUUUGGAUCCGAACAUGGAAAGGGAGAGGGCGAUGGAGAAAUUGGGGUGGUAAAUCGAGCAGUUGAUCAAGCUAUUUUGGGGCGCAAAGUUGUGAUUAAUUCAGCUAAGGAUAUGUGGGGGUGGUGUUGUGCAAAUUUGGCCAGUGAUUCGAUGUAUUCAAAACGGUCCUUUGUGUACGUGGCAAAGGAUGAAAUUAGCAGAGAGAGACCCGAAACCGAUGUCACCACACUCAAGGGAUCUCGUGGAUACCAUCAGAUUCAGGUUGCUGCCCCCUAUAAGCUCAAGGUGCGCCGAUUGUCCUGCUUUUGCUUCCCGUGCCUUCUCAACAACAACGAAAUGUGUACGAACGCGACUUACACUGGAGGCAAGUUCGAGAUAAAGCAGUUGAGCCUAAAAGCAAUCAGAAAUGUACACGCGAGGAACAGAAAAGGAGUGUCGAAAGCAGCGACUGAACUAAAUGACGCGUCCGUAGGAUCAGAGCCGGAGAGUGUAAAUGAACCGCAAUCGGCUCCAAUUCGUCAGUCUUCUCGGAGUGCCUCUCCUGUACCCCCGCCUUCGGAUCCAGCCUCCAUUCGACCGAAUGCCAUAGAAUGUGGUCACUUUGUUGCUGUUAAAUUACACGGGAAGCGAGGUACAUCUGACUGGUACUUAGCGAAGGUGAUGGAUGUCACAGAGACGGCAAUGUGUCUAUCGUAUCUCUCAAAGUCAGGCUCCUACUACGUAUGGCCCGACAAUGAAGAUACGUCAUGGCAGAACCGCUGUGAUUAUCUUUGUCAUGUUGACCCACAAUGGACGGUUAUAGGAAGCAGAAUCAAGAUGACCCUUACAUCAGAGGAUCGCAAUCGUUGUAUUAAUACGUUUAAUGUUUCAAAUCAACUCCUCGUGAAGAUGCCGUACAAUGCGACCCACCACUGCUGCCAGUUCGCCAACCUGCAGAAUUCUUGUGAUGACCUGACCCGCUUCCCACUGCAAACAUGA